AAACCAUCUCUCGAUUCUCCUCACCCACCGCACCGCACCGCCCCGCCCGCCGGCUUCCAAGCGCAACCAGAAAAGCAAGCCAUGUCGCGGUGGCGCACCGUCGCAUCCCGCCUCUCCGCCCCCCACCUCCUCUCCAGGGCCUUCUCCAAGCCUCCGCCGCUUCUUCCCCAGCCUCUGUCUAGGACCUUCUCCAAGGCCGCCGCCACGUCGCACAGCCCUAGCGCGGCCUCCUCUGCCGGCCCGAGGCCCGAGGUCCGACUGAAUUCUAUGUUCCUGUCCAAGCCUUCUUCACUGGCACUGCCUCCUGAUUCUCCUCUUAGAGCAGAAGAUCCACACUAUGAGGGAAUUAAGCGCUUGAUGCUCACACUGCUGCUGUUCUACAGUAAGCAAAGCAAGUCCAUCAGAGGAGCAAACACUGUUUAUCACCGCAUCACUUCUCAUGUUGACAAGCCUGAUAUCUAUGAAGUGUUUCAGUUGGAGAAAACAUUUAAAACAACAUUUUCAUUGCUUGUUCUCCAUAUGUGGCUCGUUCUACGUCGCUUGAAGGAAGAAGGAAAGGACGGUGUUAAAUUUGGACAGUACAUCUAUGAAACUUACAAUCAUGAUGUGGAGCUCAGAGUUUCUAAGGCUGGGGUCAACUUGCUAUUGACAAAAUGGAUGAAAGAGCUAGAAAAAAUAUUCUAUGGGAACAUUGUGAAAUAUGAUACUGCAAUAAGCCCAGAAGCAAGCCAGGAUGAUCUUGUAAAUGUCAUCUGGAGGAAUGUGUACGCUGACGAAGGUUCAGAGCCUAUGGACGCAGCUGCUACCCCUGCUGUCCAGGCAUUGGCAAGAUAUACUCGGAGGGAGGCAACUUGCCUAUCAUUGACAGAUAAAGAAGCUGUGUUCUCUGGCAACUUCAAGUUUACGACCGUUUUGCCAACCGUCCCCAGCCCAGUGAAGCGACGUCGAUGAGCUUUGGCAUUGGUAGAUCAGUAUUCCAUAUGAAGGCUGGCUGGUAUACAUGGACAAGGAAGACUGAAAGUCCUAUCAUCAUUACAAAUAAUAGGAAAUUUCCAGUAUUUAUUUAUGCACGAAUCUCAGCAUUUCGGGCCAUUUUGGUGGCUACACCUGCCUCUAGCUAGGAAUCUCCUUUAUGUUUAUCCUGUGUGAGCAUUGCAUUGAUGGGCUGCCCUCUCGGAAUAGAGCACACGGUGGAAACGUUUUCCUGGUUGAAUGCUUGUAGUAUUUUACCAUUUUCAUUGCCGAUUUGGACUUGAGAUCAUUCGCAAUGUCGGUAACGGUGUAUUGUCUGCAUCACGAGCAUGGUUUUGGUCUCGUGGGUGAUCUGUGGAAACUGAUUGUGAAACAAAGCAUAUUGGAGCCAAUUCGUAA